CUCACCAGCAAGCCAUUCAUUCCAUUGCGCCCGGCACGGGACUCUUCUUUAGCUGCCGCCAUGUCCAAAGACGACGCCGAACCCUCAUACAUCGAUUAUGAAGCCUUUCUCGACCCAGACUUUUCGGCAACGUCCUUUGCCAACACGCUCGUCCUCUCGACUAACAACCCCUCCGACACCCCGCUAGACCUGUCGACACCGCUGUCGCGCGUUCUUUUCGAUGUCCAGGAAGUCGACACACACAUUGACACGCUUACGACCAAGUCGGCAUGGCCGCUGCUAGAACACACGCGCGAACAUGCAGACUCGAGUGCGCGCAUCCUGCACGAGGUGGAAGGCCAAGUCGCCAGUCUGACCGAGUCGUACCGCACGCUGGAAAAGGAAGUCAUUGAGCGGUACGAAGUCGCCGCCCAGGUCCAACUCACUGCCGAACGACUAUGCGAGACGGUCAAGCUGGGGCGUGCAGUAGCCCGCUGUCUGAUGCUCGGCCGCCAACUCGAAGUCCGCAUGGCAGAGCUGGGCGGCGUAGGCAGCGCGAAGAAGGAAGACCACCGAGCCAUGGUGCGCUCUACCGACACUAUUCUCUCCCUCCGCCAGAUUCUCUCUGCCUCGAAACCAGGGGAAGAAGGCGAAGGUCUCGACCGCAUCAACGCAAUCAGCACUCUAAAAGCCGAACUCGUAAUCCCAGGUGAACGCAGCAUCGCCUCGCGCGCCAACCAAGUAAUCAAGGAAUUCUCAAUGUCCUCCCUACUUUCCUUCUCUGCUGCUGCUGCUUCUUCCGCAUCCACCUUUUCCCAAAACGAAGACACAAAAGCCCGCACGACUUCCGCUUUGCAGACCCUCUACUUGUUAUCCCCUUUACCAUCAUCCUCGUCCACCAAGAACUUCGAGCCAAGUCUUAUGCUCACCGCACUCCAAGAUCACGUCCAAACCCAACUCAAAUCCUCGCUCGCCUCGCUCGCCCGCGCUCUAGCUCAACUCCCGUCUCUCGACCGCGCGUUGCUCGAGAUAUCAGCGAGAUGUCAGAAUAUAGUUGCGCUGCAGUCGCUUUUGGAGUCGAUAAAGACACCGGCGCAUCCCCUUCUGCCCGCGCCACUGCAGCAGCAAACGAAUUUACUACAACCCUUACUCCAAGCGCUAGAUACGUCGUCCCUUCCUAGCUAUUUCUGGCGUACACUGGCGUCCAAUAUGGCGCCGAGAGUGCAGGAUUUGAUGAAUAGAGGGGGAGUGUCUGCGCGGAUGCUGAAGAGUAACAAGGAGAAGGUUAGAGAGUUGGUGAGGGAGUGUGUGAAUCGGGGGAGUCAGUUUCCUGGGAAUAGUAAUUUGGCAAAGGGUGCAGGUAGUAGUAGUAAUGCGACAGUGACUUUGGAGAGAGAGGCUGCUGUCAUGGUGAGUAGUAUUGUUGGACAGAUUAAAUAAGAGGCUAUAGAGGUCACGAAGGUCAAAAAGUAACAUCAUAGAAUUGAGGGAAGAGAUGUUUGCAUUGGAAAAGAUGUAUAGACUAGCUUCGAGCUCAUUUAGAUACCAUGUCAGGCAAUCAUUGUUGCUUGAUUGCUCUCAACAGCAGUCAUACCAUGACGCCAGUCGUCAUGCUCGUAAUCCCAUCUUUUCCAGCCGGGCCCGCAAAAGGCUUUUUUUAAAAUUUUACUAUUGAGUAUCAUAUAGACACGAGGUUUUUGUUGUUUUUUCCUUCUACCGGGGAGAGUCU